AUGGAGGUUAAUGAGAUUAUUGCAUGGUGCAGAGAGAAAAGCGUUGAGUUGGACAGAGUUCUUAUUUUAAGCAAGGUGCCUACAGACUGUGAUGACAGAGUAGUCUAUGAUGUGCUGGAUACUGUUCUGGGGAUUGGAAAAUGCAAAGUGCUUGAUCGUCACUCUGAUGAAACUAAGCAAUAUCAGUUUAUUUUGAUUGAAAUAGCUUGUAGCAUCUCCGAGAUAUCUAUUCCUUCAGAGAUUGGAGGACCUGAGGUUGGUCCCUGGUACACGCAGGUCGUUCAUGUAGCAGCUGAAACCCCUAAGCAGAGAGAGGAAGAGUUCCAGUCUAAAUUGAUCUCUUUCCUCCAAAAAGAGGGCAAAUCAUUAGCUGACAUCCCAAGUGUUGUUUCCCCUGCACCUGACCUCAACACUAAAUUAGUUGAUGCCAUAAACUCUCUUGUCCAAACGUGUCAUGUGGCUUCAUCAGAGGAGAGAGUGGGAUACAGAAGGCUGCGUCCUUUCUCAGGAUUCAUACCAACUCCUCCUGGGGAAGAUGAGUAUGAGGUUUGGGUAGAGCAGACUACCCACAUUCUGGAAGAAUGGCAGUGUUCUGAUAAUAUCAAGAAGCAGAGACUUGUAGAGUGUCUCAGAGGUCCUGCAGCCGAUAUUGUUAGAUUUGAAAAGACUGGAAACCCAACUGCUACUUUCAGUGAUUAUCUCAGUGUGCUAGAGUCAACAUUUGGCACUACUGAGGAUGCUGCCGAUUUGAUGUUAAAGUUUGGAGCACUUACCAGAAUGAGGAGAAAAAAGCUCUCCGCCUACAUACUGAGGUUGGACAGGAUGUUGCACAGUAUGCUAAGGAAGAAAGGCAUAGAAUAUUCUGCCCUGAAUCAUCUUCGAAUGCGGCAGAUUGUCAGAGGUGCCCUGUCAAGUGAUCUGGUGGCUAUGCGGCUGAGGAUGACCCAUAAGCUUUGUGCCCCUCCUUCUUUUAAUGAAUUAAUGAAAGAAGUGAGAGAAGAAGAAAACAUAGCGAACAGCCGGAGUUCAUUACAGUCUAAAGUAGCCGUGUCUGUAGUGUCCUCCGCCAAGAAGGAGUCAUCUGCUAAUACUAACCUUGCAGACUCAGAAGUAGAGAAGCUGAAAAAGGAGAUUAGGGGGUUGAAAAAUGAAGUGUCACGCUUGUCAGCUGCAGCAAAAGAACCAGUAACCCAUGAUCGUCCUACUAUGCACAGUCUAUCUGCAACUGCAGAGAGUAAAACACCAAUCAGACCAGUGAUCAAAGCUGGUGUUUUCUGUUACAGAUGUGGGGAAGAUGGGCAUCUGAAGCGUGAUUGUAACAAUGAAGAAAAUCUCAGGAAAGUAAACCAGCGACUCAUCAGAAUGAGACAGUCAUCGGGAAACUUCUCCGGGGCUCAGUAG